UAAGAGAAGAAUUUAAUUUUGAAACGUUAUUUAUGUUGAAAGUUUCAGAUUUCACAGAUAAAUAAACAGCGUAUAAUUUAUUUAUCAUUUAUUUUUUUAAUAAUUGAAGGAAAACACUUUUAUAUUGGUUUACAUAUACAGAAUUGAUUAAACACAACUGAGAUAAUGAAUGUAAGCGAAGCAAAGGCUGCAUCCUUGCUCUCAGCAAUUAGAAAUGAAAUCGUUGAUGAAACAGACUUGGCUUUCGUAAAUGCAAUUAAGAUUAAACAAUGUGGAAAUUGCUGGUUUUUUACGAAUGGGCCUUGUGAACAUGACUGGUCUGUCCUGAAUUGUGCUGCAUAUUAUGGUAAAGUUUCUAUUCUCCAGUUAUUGCUAAAAAAUGAGAAAUUAAUAGAAAAGGAAGAUUUAAAUACUUCUUUGCAUAUAGCUGUAGAAAAUGAUCAUAAUACUGUUGUAGAACUAUUAUUAAAACAUGGGGCAAAUAUUGAUGCUAAAAAUGCUUACCAACCAGUACCAAAAUUUUAUUUUAGGGAGCAUCUUUUACAUCGAGCUGUAAGAAAGAAUUCCAAAGAAAUAACUUUACUAUUAAUAAAUAAUGGAGCUAACAAAGAAAUACUAGACUUCCAUGGAAUGACGCCAUUAUUAAAGGCAGUUAAAUUUGGUCAUAAACUUAUUGUCAAAAUUUUGAUAGAAGUGGGAGCAUCUACAUCAGUAAGAAAUAAUUUUGAAGAGACACCAUUGCCAAUUGCAGUUCGAUUUAACUAUAAAGAUAUUGUCAAUAUUUUGGUAGAAGCGGGAGCAGAUACUUCCGUAGUAAAUAUUAUUAAAGAUACUCCUUUACAUAUAGCUGUAAAAAAGAAUUUCAAAGAAAUGACUUUACUAUUAAUAAACAAUGGAGCUAACAAAGAAAUAAGGAACAACGAUGGAUUGACACCAUUAUUAAUUGCAGUUAUAUGUAAGUAUAAAGAUAUUGUCAAUAUUUUGAUAGAAGCGGGCGCAGAUACUUCAGUAACAGAUAAUUUUCAAAAUACUCUUUUACAUCUCGCUGUAAUAAAUAAUUCCAAAGAAAUAACUUUACUAUUAAUAAAAAAUGGAGCUAACAAAGAAUCAAGAAACGGCAUUGGAGCGACACCAUUACUAAUUGCAGUUGAAUCUAACUAUAAAGAUAUUGCCAAUAUUUUGAUAGAAGCGGGAGCAGAUAUUUUAGUAACAAAUGUUUUUCGAAUGGAAAUCCCUUUAUAUCCAGCUGUGAAAUGUAAUGGCCAUACUACUGUUGUAGAAUUAUUAUUGAAACAUAAAACAAAUGUUUAUUCUAUAAAUGCAUAUAAUGUAGUAGAAAAUAAUUUUCCAGAGACUCUUUUACAUCUAGCUGUAAUAAAGAAUUCCAAAGAAGUAACUUUACUAUUAAUAAACAAUGGAGCUAACAAAGAAAUAAGAAAUAAGGAUGGAGCGACGCCAUUACUAAUGGCAGUUGAUUAUAACUAUGAAGAUAUUGUCAAAAUUUUAAUAGAAGCGGGAGCAAACGUAAAUGCACGGAAUGAUUUUGACACUAGUUCUCUCGAUAUGGCUUGUCAAAGAGGCUUAUCGAGUAUUGUGGAACUAUUGUUAGAUGCAGGUGUAAAUAUCAAUAUACAAAAUGCAAGAGGCUGGACUCCUUUGCUCAUUGCUACUUAUAAUGUAGAUUUGGAUAUUAUACAAUUAUUACUUAAAAAUAGAACAUAUGUGUAUAAUAGAAAUGCAGAUGGAGAUGAUGUUUUUGAUUUAGCUUUUAGAGGAGGAGAUGAUUUAUUAAAGUUCGUAAUCAAACUUAUUUUGUACUCAAAUAUCAACACUCCUAAACCCGAGCAUCACAACAAUGUGGACUUUUUGAAAUUCUGGGAUUCGUGCAAAUCAGAAUUAGAACUAAUGGAGAUGUGUAAGAUAGAUAAAAGCAGUCUAUCUUACCGGCGAUUAAUGCUUGAAAGAAAUAAAAGUAAAUUAGCAGCUUAUUGCUGCAAUGAGAACAUAGUUCGUGAAUUAGACACACUAGAUUAUAAGAACAAAUUUCCUAUAUACAAUCAGUACAUUAAUGAAAAAAUAAUCGAAGGAGAGAUUAGACUACGCCUGUAUUACAAAGCUAAUAAAGUUAUGAAUCAUAUCAGUUCGUUUUUGCCAAUAACAGUUCGGAGAAUAAUAUACAAAUAUUUGUCUAAUGAUGAUUUAGAAAAUUUAACUGGUUGGGAUCAGCAUUUUACAAUAAUGGAUGAAAACUCUCCCCCUGAUAAAGGGGGAACCCAAAUCAUGGACCAGGAGGAAGAACGCGAAAAGACCAAAGAUCCAGAAAAAGAAAUCAAGCUGUUCAAUCUACAAAAAGGAUAUCUCUAUACAGAUAAGGUAUAUGUAUUCAUUGAGAAAAUAAAUGAGGAGCAGAUUGGAAAAAUUCACCCUAUGCAGCUGACAAUUAUUAUUCUUUCUGCAAGUAGCAACAAAGUCACCAAACAAAUGAGUGCUGCGACAAUGAAUGUAAGCGGAGCAGAGGCUGAAUCCUUGCUAUUAGCAAUUAGAAAUGAAAUCGUUGAUGAAGUAGACUUGGCUUUUGUAAAUGCAAUUAAUAUUAAACAAUGUGGAAAUUACUGGUCUGUCCUGAAUUGUGCUGCAUAUUAUGGUAAAGUUUCUAUUGUCCACUUAUUACUAAAAAAUGAGAAAUUAAUAGAAAAGGAAGACUUAAACACUUCGUUACAUAUAGCUAUAGAGCAUAGGCAUACUACUGUUGCUGAGUUACUAUUAAAACAUGGGGUAAAUGUUAAUUCUAUAAAUGGAUAUAAUGGACUAUUAAAUAAUUUUCCACAGACUCUUUUACAUCGAGCUGUGGGAAACAAUUUAAAAGAAUUAACUUUACAAUUAUUAAACAAAGGAGCUAACAAAGAAAUAAGAGAUGACAGUGGAGUGACUCCAUUAGUAACUGCAGUUCAUUUUGACUAUAAAGAUAUUGUCGAUAUUUUGAUAGAAGCGGGAGCAGAUACUUCAGUAAAAAAUUAUUUUCGAGAGACUCUUUUACAUUUAGCUGUCAGAAAUAAUUCCAAGGAAAUAAGUUUAUUAUUAGUAAACAAUGGAGUUAACAAAGAUAUGGAAGAUUUAGAUGGAUUGACACCAUUACUAAUUGCAGUUGAAUCUAACUAUAAAGAUAUUGUCGAUAUUUUGAUAGAAGCGGGAGCAGAUACUUCAGUAACAGACGAUUUUCAUGAUACUAGUUUACAUCUAGCGGUAAGAAAUAAUUCCAAAGAAAUGACUUUACUAUUAAUUAAGAAUGGAGCUGACAAAGAAAUAAGAAACGACAGUGGAGAGACGCCAUUACUAAUUGCAGUUAAACACAACUAUAAAAAUAUUGUCAAUAUUUUGGUAGAAGCAGGAGCAAACCUAAAUGCACGGGAUAAUAAUGAAAAUACUGCUCUUCAUCUGGCUUGUCAAACAGGCUGUUUGAGUACUGUGAAACUGUUAUUAUAUGCAGAUGCUGUGACGUUCCGCCCCUUAUAGAAUCGAUUAUUGAUGGGAAGAUAUUAUUUAACUAUCCAAAAUAUUAUUUAAUUAUUUUCAGAAUUAUUUUCUUUCAAUGUUUAUUCAAAUAGAACUUAAACCCAUCUCAGAAUUUUUAAAUGCUUGAUGACGUCACAUUUAAAACGUGGCAACAUUGGUUUCCCCACUUUGACAGCCAAUGCUUAGUAGAGGGGUACGAAGGAUUCAGCUGUGAACGUGAGCCUUGGAUUGCGAUUGUUUCUCGAGUGUUCGGUCUGAAUCGUAGUGUGCGGGGUCAUUAGACUCAAUUAUUCACCUCUAAUUCUCAGUUCCAAAUUGAUUAAAUAUUACAAUAAAAGUAUAGUGAAGUUAUCCAGCAGCAGUGGAUUUGAAGAAUUUUAGAGCAUACUAUAUCCAAUGAGUUCUACCCCGGUAAAUACACAUUUUAUUAAGUAUUUUAUUCAGCCAUUUUGGAAGUCCUUGACAUUUGCUAACUAAGUUUCACAUAGUCUAUUUUCAUGGUUUUUAUGUUUUAUUUUCAUGGAUCAAACUCAUCUAGAGAUAAUUCAAUAUUCGUUGUUAAUUUGUGCUUCCAGUUGGAAAAUAGAGCUAAUUUAAACUCCAUUUUUUAUAUUCCUUUCAAGUCUACAGAACUCCUAUCUUUUGAACGAUGAUCAAAUAAGUAUCCAUCGCUUAGUCUUACUAUAUUUCAUCCUUGUAUAAUAUAUCUAUAUACCGGUGUAUAUAUUAUAAUAAAAUAUUCUUUCACAGUAAUUAUAUUUUGUAUUUCAAUUGGAAAUUACUUGUGUUAUUUGACCAAGGUCAUCUGAUAGCAACCUGAUAAAAGGUCAAGCUGUCUAGUCAUUCAAGUUUUUGGACUUAAUGACCUAUUUCUUCUUAUUCCCAUAGGAAUAAAAACACCUCCUCGUAUCUCUUGCUUCUUUUUUUUGACAUUGGUAGAUUGGUAGUAACACCACACUGUGUUUUUUUUAGCACCUACCAUGAAAUCUUAAAGCCACCCUACAACAACACCAAGGCCAGACCACACAGAGAGAAACAAUCAAUAGGCGACCAGCCUGGAUUAUUUCCACAUUUUCUUUUUUUGAGUACCUCCAGCUGCUUUCCAACAGUUUUGAGUACCUUCAGCUGCUUUCUACCAGUCUUCCUCUCCUGUACCUCCAGCAGGACAGCUGCUAGCGAGAGUUAGCACCCUUGGGUGCUCAUUACAUCAACUUCAAGAUUAGGAAAGAGUGGUUUGUUUGGGAACAUUUACUGUGCUCUUAUUAAAGACAGACUGGUUUUGUGAUAUUUAGUACAUUUUUUUUUAUAGUUCAAUUGCACACACAUUUUUCCUGCUUUAUAUUUUUUAUAGGUUUUUUUUUCUUUACAACAUAAUAUUUAAUUGAUAGCGUUCCCCAACACUCUGCAAUCUAUAAAGGUAUAAAUUUCUGAGCUCAGAUAUUUUCCCUGAUAAUAGUAGUCGGUACUCUUAUCUUGAUUAUUUUUAGGCUGUGUUCCACUUUUGUAUAAUUAUUUAAACUCAUUCCAUUAUUUUAGUAUAUGUUUAAUUAAAUUUUUAAAAAUUAACUUCACAUAUUAGUCAAAAUUGUAAUUAUUAACUUUAUUUAACUUGAACUUAUUAACUUUACUUAACUUUAACUUAUUAACUUUAUUUAACUUUAACUUUAAUUUAUUAAAUUCAUAUGAACUUCUGGAUUCUAAUCCCUCAGAUUAGUUUUUGGUUUCACUUGUUAUUAUUACUAUUAUAAACCACGAGUUAGGAAAAGGAUCUGUGUAUCCACUCGUAGGUUUAUUUAUUCAAUAAGGCUUGUGCCUGUCCCACUCACAGUGAGGUAUUUAUAUGUUAUAUAUAGUAUCAGGUAGUAUUUAAUUAAGGUGUACGUAUUAUAAACGUACAAUUAUUAUUUGGUGAGGGUUCUACUAACCUAGUUGUAAGUUGUACUUCCUGUAUUAGAGGUACCCGUAGUCAGUUUUUCUAACCUUAUAAAGAGUAUUCUUAGAUCAUAGUUGUAUGAUGAUUUUGUAAUUGACUUUCACUAGUAUCACUUUUUCCUGUCAUGUUAGAGUUACACACUAGUUACUUGUCCUAACUCAGAGAUUGUUAAAAAGAUCUAGUAGUUACAUUCAAUAAAUAUACAUUUAUUGUGA